ACGCACUUUCGUCCUUCAAACGACACUUUGCAGUGAACUGUGGCAGUGAGCAGACACGAUCGAUUUGUAAUCGUAUACAAAGUAUUGUUACUAUCUAAACAUGUCUAAGAUUGGAAUCAACGGAUUUGGCCGCAUCGGUCGUUUGGUGCUUCGCGCCUCCAUCGAACGUGGAGCGUCCGUGGUGGCCAUCAACGACCCCUUCAUCAGCGUCGAUUACAUGGUCUACUUGUUCAAGUACGACUCCACCCAUGGCCGCUUCAAGGGCACCAUCGACUGCAAGGAGGGCAAGCUCAUCGUCAACGGCAAUGAGAUCUCCGUCUUCCAGGAGCGCGACCCGACCUGCAUCCCAUGGUCCAAGGCCGGAGCCGAGUACAUCGUCGAAUCCACCGGCGUCUUCACCACCAUCGAUAAGGCAUCCGCCCAUUUGAAGGGAGGCGCCAAGAAGGUCAUCAUCUCCGCCCCAUCCGCCGAUGCUCCCAUGUACGUCUGCGGCGUCAACUUGGACUCUUACGAUCCAAGCCACAAGGUCAUCUCCAACGCCUCCUGCACCACCAACUGCUUGGCUCCACUCGCCAAAGUCAUCCACGACAACUUCGAGAUUGUCGAAGGUCUGAUGACCACCGUGCACGCCACCACCGCCACCCAGAAGACCGUUGACGGACCAUCUGGAAAGCUGUGGCGCGAUGGCCGUGGUGCCGCUCAGAACAUCAUCCCCGCCUCGACCGGAGCCGCCAAGGCCGUCGGCAAAGUCAUCCCAGCCCUCAACGGCAAACUGACCGGCAUGGCUUUCCGCGUCCCAGUUGCGAACGUCUCCGUCGUCGAUCUGACCGUCCGUCUGGGCAAAGCGGCCAAAUACGAUGACAUCAAGGCCAAGAUCAAGGAGGCCGCCGAGGGCCCCAUGAAGGGAAUUUUGGGAUACACCGACGAGGAGGUCGUCUCCACCGACUUCAUCGGAGACACCCACUCCUCCAUCUUCGACGCCGCCGCCGGCAUCCAGCUGAACGACAACUUCGUCAAGCUCAUCUCUUGGUACGACAACGAGUUCGGUUACUCCAGCAGAGUCAUCGACCUCAUCAAAUACAUCCAAACCAAGGAUAACUAAAGGGACAGAAAAAUAA